GAUCGUCGAUUGCGAGCUCAUAGAACAUCAGGCUAUCGAGAUGGCUUAUGUCGUGCCAAUACAUAAGGCGAGCAGCGUGCGUCAUGCGAUCAAGCUGCAGUUCUUGAACCCAGAGGAGGAAUCCUUGGUUGUUGCGAAGGCCAAUCGACUGGAAAUUUAUACGCUUACCCCCGAUGGGUUGAAUCUUGCUGCGUCGUGUACUCUAUACGCCAAAGUGUCGAUGCUGGCUCGGCUUCCUGCCCCCGCCCAUUCACCCACCGAUCACCUUUUCGUUGGCACAGAUCGGUACACCUACUGCACUCUAUCAUGGGACAGUACGCAAAAUCGGAUACGAACAGAAAGAAACUAUGUCGACAUUGCUGACCCGUCGUCGCGAGAAUCGCAAACUGGUAACCGAUGCUUGAUAGACCCGAGUGGUCGGUUCAUGACGCUGGAGGUCUACGAGGGCUUGGUGGCUGUGGUGCCGAUUGUACAAUUGCCUGGCCGGAAAAGGGGAAGGGCUGCAGCUGUUCCUACUGGGCCUGAUGCGCCAAAAGUCGGCGAGCUCGGAGAGUUGACGACAGCGAGGAUUGACGAGCUCUUUGUACGCUCCUCUGCAUUCCUCCAUGUGCAGUCUGGAUUACCGCGCUUGGCUUUACUUUACGAGGACAAUCAGAAGAAGGUUAGAUUGAUGGUUAGAGAGUUGAAUUAUACCUCUGCCACGGCGAGCACAAGUGCAGACGCUACAUUAACGCAUAUAGCCGACUUUGCACAAGAGCUAGAUCUUGGAGCCUCCCACCUUAUACCCGUGCCCGCUCCACUAGGUGGUCUUCUCAUCCUUGGCGAAACAUCUAUUAAAUAUGUUGAUGACGAUAACAAUGAAAUAAUCUCUCGGCCCCUAGAUGAAGCAACGAUAUUUGUCGCUUGGGAAGGAGUGGAUAGCCAGCGAUGGUUGUUGGCCGAUGAUUAUGGAAGGCUAUUUUUCUUAAUGCUUGUUUUAGACUCGGAUAACCAGGUUCAGGGUUGGAAGUUGGAUCAUCUGGGAAAUACAUCACGAGCUUCUGCUUUGGUAUAUCUUGGCGGUGGGAUUGUAUUUGUAGGAUCUCAUCAAGGGGAUUCUCAAGUACUUCGAAUCGGCAAUGGCUCUUUUGAAAUUAUCCAAGCCCUGUCCAAUAUUGCCCCUAUAUUGGAUUUCACCAUAAUGGACCUCGGGAACCGCACAAGUGAAAGCCAAACCCAUGAAUUCUCGUCCGGGCAGGCUCGAAUUGUCACAGGCUCAGGCGCUUUCGAUGACGGGACCCUCCGAAGUGUGCGCAGUGGUGUUGGAAUGGAGGAACUGGGCGUUUUGGGUGACAUGGAACACAUCACAGAUCUAUGGGGAUUGCAGGUCCACGCUGGAGGGGAUACACUGGAUACACUCCUUGUUACCUUUAUUGAUGAAACUCGUGUAUUCCACUUCAGUCCCGAGGGUGAGGUAGAAGAAUUGGAUCAUUUCCUUGGACUGAGUCUUUCGGAGAACACACUUCUCGCAGCCAACUUGCCUGGGGGCCGAAUAUUGCAGGUUACUGAGCAACGGGUGCUUAUCGCGGAUUUGGAAGGUGGAAUGGUCGUGUACCAGUGGGCACCGCCGAAUGGGCUGGUCAUCACCGCUGCUUCUGCCAACGAUGAUUCAAUGGUGCUUGUUAUUGGAGGCGAGCUUAUGACCGUCUUGGAUAUCCGGAAUGAGGUGCAGGUAGUGACGGAGAAGAAAUUUGGGGCUGAUAGCCAAGUGUCUGGUGUUACGGUUCCUGCAUCGCCAACUGAAGUUUGUGUUGUUGGAUUCCCUCAACUUGCCAAGGUGUCCGUCCUCAAGCUUCAAGACUUGACUGAAGUGCAUACUACAUCGCUGGGCCCAGCCGGAGAAGCUUUCCCACGAUCCGUUCUCGUUGCGGACGUGCUCGCGGAUAGUCCUCCUACCCUUUUCAUCUCAAUGGCAGAUGGUAGUGUUAUCACUUACUCGUUUAAGAUGGAUGACUACUCCUUAAGCCAAAUGAACAAACUAAUUCUUGGGUCUGAGCAGCCAACUUUCAAGAAACUGCCAAGGGGUGACGGACUUUUUAAUGUCUUUGCGACAUGCGAGAAUCCAAGCCUGAUAUAUGGCUCCGAAGGCCGUAUUAUAUACUCUGCAGUAAAUUCUGAGGGGGCUUCUCGCGUCUGUCAUUUUAACUCGGAGGCCUAUCCUGGAUCUAUUGCAGUGGCUACACCACACGAGCUCAAGAUCGCUCUGGUCGAUCGGGAGAGGACGACCCAGAUCCAAACGCUUCAAAUCGGUGCAACCGUACGCAGAGUCGCUUAUUCACCUUCGGAAAAGGCGUUCGGCAUCGGAACAAUAGAGCGUAAACUUGCAGACGGGGCGGAAAUUGUCACAAGCCGAUUUAUGCUCGCUGAUGAGGUUCUGUUUAGACAGCUCGAUUCAUUUGAAUUGAGACCGGAGGAGUUAGUGGAAAGCGUUGUUCGCGCAGAAUUCCCGGCGGGCAAGGGUGAAAAUGGACGUGAAACGAUGAAGGAUCGGUUCGUCGUUGGAACGGCUUAUCUUGACGAUGAAGGGGAAGAGUCGAUUCGAGGUCGAAUACUAAUGUUUGAAGUUGACAAUGGCCGGAAACUGACAAAGGUUGCCGAAUUACCUGUCAAGGGGGCAUGUCGUGCUCUGGCUAUGUUAGGAGACAAGAUUGUAGCUGCACUUGUCAAAACAAUCGUUAUUUAUAAGGUAGUGAACAACAAUUUCGGUGCAAUGAAAUUGGAAAAGCUUGCCAGUUUCAGAACAUCGACCGCGCCGGUGGAUGUGACCGUGGUAGGCAAUGUGAUUGUGGUCUCAGAUCUCAUGAAGAGUGUAUGUCUUGUGGAGUUUAAGGAAGGGGAAAACGGCCUUCCUGAUUCAUUAACGGAAGUGGCUCGCCACUUCCAGACCGUUUGGGCCACGGGAGUCGCCUGCAUCGACAAGGACACUUUCUUAGAGAGCGAUGCGGAAGGAAACUUGAUCGUUCUCCGUCGGAACCUCGCUGGAGUUGAAGAGGACGAUAGGCGCCGGCUAGAAGUAACCGGGGAAAUCUCACUAGGCGAAAUGGUCAACCGUAUCCGGCCAGUUAACAUUCAACAAUUGGCAAGCGUAACAGUCACCCCGCGAGCCUUCCUAGGCACGGUGGAGGGCUCUAUUUACCUGUUCGCCAUAAUCAAUCCAGAACACCAGGAUUUCCUAAUGCGUCUACAAGCGACAAUGGCGGGCAAGAUCGAGUCAUUGGGCGAGAUGCCAUUCAACGAAUUCCGGGGAUUCCGCAGUAUGGUCCGAGAAGCAAAGGAACCAUACCGUUUUGUGGAUGGCGAGUUGAUUGAACAGUUCUUAAACUGUGAGCCUAAUGUGCAGGAGGAGAUUGUCAAUUCAGUGGGCAUGAUGAAUGUCCACGAGGUGAAAGUUAUGAUAGAAGCAUUGAGGCGACUGCACUAG